CUCCCUUCCUUCCCCACCUUUUCCCUCUCCCUUCUUCCCUACUUCCCCGUUUCUCUCACUUCCCCCGACCCUCUCGUUUUGCCCCCUUUCUUCCCCUCCGUCCCCGCUCCGUCCUUCCCCUCUCUCCCUCCCUCCGUCCUUGAUCGCGGGGUCACAGCCGCGGCCCGGCCCCUCCGGUUCCUGCCGCUCCUCCCCUUCCUGCGGCGCCGUUACCGGCCCGUUCCCGCGGGCCGGGCGGCGGCAGCAGAGCGAGCAAAGGAGAUGUUGCUCUCUCUUUGCCUUUAGCUCCACUGAUCCAGCAUUUUCUUAAGGAUUUCCAUGAAUAGAGAGGAGUUGGCUGAUGUGUAACCGGUGUGUCCAGUUAAGUGUUACAAUCUUCCACUUGGGUUUUACAUAAGGACUGACUUUGUUACCUGCAGAGGUUUGUGCCAGUUUGGCCACUGCUGGGAUACAAAGGCUGAACUAAAUGAAUCUAUAACCUGAGUGCUGAUCCAGAUGUUGCUGUGAAAUACCGAAAUCGUGCUGUGGUGACCUCCUUUGAGAACGUACCAGGUCGUAGAGGCUUUGAUCCAAGGGAGUAGGAAAUUGUUGAAUGUUCUUUAUAAUGUAGCUGCCUCUGAAGAAAUCCCCAGUGGCUUUGUGUCAUGCUGCCUAACAACAUGGGACAUUGUUUCAUGGGACGGGGAGCCAUGAUCCCAAGGAAGCUGAAGCCGUUUCUCUGCAGGAUGUUGUCGGGUUACAAACCCAAAAACAAUGUCGAGGACUCCUACAAAAUUCUGGAGCUCGAGGAAGGAUGUUCCAUGGAUGACGUCAGAAACUCCUACCGCACUCUUGCCAAAAAAUACCACCCGGACAGCAGCUCCGGCAUGGCCGAUUCCAAGGCCUUCAUAAGGGUGGAGGAGGCCUACAGGGUUGUGCUCAGCGACCUGGCAGCCAAACAGAAAUCAGACCCCGGCGAGGAGGAGGAGGACCAGUUCAAAUCCAAGUCCCUGCAGCACAGACACUACCUGAGCUUCGAGGGCGUGGGCAUCGGCACGCCGAGCCAGCGGGAGAAGCAGUACAUGCAGUUCCGCGUGGACCGCGCCACCGAGCAGGUGCUGGAGUACCGGCAGCAGAGGCUGGAGAGCCGCUACGCCGGCAGCGACCUCAGCAGAGCCAAGGACGUGCGGCAGAGCAAGAAGGUGAAGAUAACUCAGGCGGUGGAACGGCUGGUGGAGGACCUCAUCCAGGAAUCCAUGGCCAAAGGAGACUUCGACAACCUCAGCGGCAAGGGGAAGCCUUUGCAGAAGUUCUCGGACAGUCCCCACAUCGACCCCAUGACCCACAACCUGAACAGGAUCCUGAUCGACAACGGGUACCAGCCCGAGUGGAUCCUGCUGCAGAAGGAGAUCCGGGAGACCAUCGAGCGGCUGAGGAGCAGCAUCGUGGCCUCCAGGAGGAAGCUCGGGGAGCCCAUGACGCUGUCGGAGCAGAAGCAGUGGGGUCGGAUUUGCGAGCAGUUCGAGGAAGACAUCAGGAAAUUAAACAAGAGAGUUGACAACUUCAACCUGGUGGUGCCCAUUCUCAGCAGGCAAAUGGUGCAUUUCAGCAUGGACAAGGAAAUCCUCCGAGCACGAAAGACUUACGAGGCUGUCGUGGAAAAGGUUUCUGAUUCAGACACGAAGGAAAACGAGGGGGAAGAGAGCAAAAGGUUUGGGUGGAAGUCUUCUCUUUUGAAGUGGUUAAAACUUACACCGAAAUAAUUUCACGCUAAUUCCUCUUAUCAAGGUUUUGAAUGCACUUUAUUAAUAAAAUGUAGCACUAGAGAAAUUUCAGGUUCAGUAAAAAUGUGAAAUCCACACUGUCACCCUGCUUGAAGGAAAUUUGGUUGUGUGAUGAGCAUUUGCAUUACAAAUAACUCAAUUAUUUUUAAAUAUUAUUAAAUGAAAUGUGCCAGUU